GAGCAGGAGACAGCCGGGGCUGGCAGUGUGUGAGUGCCUCGCCCCCCGUGUGACGCUCCUGUAGCCGCCUCCCAUCCAGCAAGUAGACGGCAGCGGCGGCGGCAGCAGCCUCGGAGAAGGAAGCAGGGAGCCAGGAGGGAGCAUGGUCCGGAUCCUGCACCAGCAGCAGCAGCAGCACCCCAGCCCCAGACAGCAGCGCUGCUCCUCCUCCUGCACCCACACCCCCAGCCUGGCAUCCCCACUGGCACUGCCAGGGCACCCACCUGCAUAAAGUCGGGACAUUUCUAGCUGUUGUCUGCACGGAGAAGCCAAGGACAAGGGCUGCUGCUGGCACAGCACAGGAUAUCUGACCUCUGGGGAGCCUACCAUUGCUACUGCUAUUGUACUGUUGAUGGAACAAGGGGACCUGCCAAUUCAGAAAAAAUACAGGCUCCGCAGCAGAAGCAUAGCAACUUAUCAAGGCAAUGUAACGUCCUAAGGACGGGCUGUGCUGACGUGCAAGAAGAAAACAACUGUAGGCACUCUUUGUAGAAGAAGAAUAGAAGAGGGAGGCAGCUGCUCGCACAACACUCUGCAGAAUGUCGCGGCAUAGCCGGUUUGAGAGGGAUUUCUGCGGCGGGUGGGAGAGAUGGGAGUGGAGCCCUAAUGGCAAUCAUAUGAACACGAGUAAUGUGAACAGUACGGUCAACGGUAAUGGCAAUAACAGGCCUGGACUGCUACCCUUGCCCAUUGUACCGUCUCGUCUUCCUACACCAACGUCAACCACCUCUACAACAGUUGGCAGUGACGCUGUGACAAGCAUCGCCAGCAACCCAUCUGCAGCUUCUGCAUCCAAAACGCCUGUACUUUCCAAGGCCGAGAAACAAACACAAGGACAGUUGCUUGCAACCAGCGUGAGGUGGGGACAGACCCCAAUCAACCAGUCUACACCAUGGGAUACAGAAGAGCCCCCAUCUAAGCAGACAAGGAAAGGAGAAAACCCUGCGACUCCUCCGUGGCUAACAACAGUCUCUGCCGCGACCCAGGCAUCCCUUAUAGCCCAUUCAUAUGGAAUGACUCAGCCGCCUAUAUACAGCCAAGCCGCCAAUGUCCAAGCUCCCGUUAUCGGAGUCACACCCACAAUUCCCCCUCAUGUUGCCCCACAGCUUCCACUAAUGACAGCUCAUUACCAACUACAGCAGCAGCAGCAGCCGACGCAACCGCUGAACAACAUGGUGGUGAAUUUACAGAGCCAGACAAUGUACAGGCACAGUCAGCCUAUAGCCAUGUCCUCUCUGACCGGCGUCAGUCAGGUCCCUCACCCUGGACACACUGCUAUAGGCAACGGUCACAUGACUUGCCCCAUCCUGCCUCCGCCACCUCCUGCCCUACCUUCUGCGGCAUUACCUAACAGCGUACCGGCUACAAACGGCCAAGCAGCCCCACAGCACCCUCACAGCCAGCCGGUCAACCCCGACAACACAAAUGGUGUUCAGAUGCUACGAACAAUUGGCAUGGGAAAGUAUGAGUUCACGGAUCCUUGGUAUCCUAAAGAAAUGUUGAAGGAACUGAACCAGCAGCGCAGAUCGAAAGAGUUUACAGACCUGAAAAUUAUUGUUGAAGGCAAAGAGUUUGAAGUCCAUCAAAAUGUUCUAGCUUCCUGCAGCUUGUAUUUCAAGGAGCUGAUUAAAAGGUCAUCGCGGGAGCAAGCUAAGAACGGAGAAAAGCUGGAGUUGACCAUGUCCAAUAUCAAUGCGGAAGUCUUAGAACUGUUACUGGAAUUUGUCUAUACAGGUUCCCUAAUCAUAGAUUCGGCCAACGCAAAAAUCCUCUUGGAAGCGGCCAGCAAAUUCCAGUUCCACACUUUCUGUAAAGUCUGCGUGUCGUUCUUAGAGAAACAGCUGACUGCCAACAACUGCCUGGGAAUACUCGCCAUGGCGGAAGCCAUGCAGUGCCUGGAGCUCUAUAACAUGGCCAAAGCAUAUGCCCUGCAGAAUUUCCCGGAGGUGGCCAGCCAAGACGAGAUCCUGAAUAUCUCCAAAGACGACUUUGUCUCCUACAUCUCCAACGACAGCCUGAACACCAAGGCCGAGGAGCUGGUGUACGAGACCGUAAUCAAAUGGAUAAAGAAGGAGCCGACCAGCAGAGCGCAGCAUUCCGCUGAAUUGUUGGCCGUCGUCCGCCUCCCCUUCAUCCAUCCAAGCUAUCUGCUCAAUGUUGUUGACAAUGAGGAGCUGAUAAAGUCGUCAGAGGCUUGCCGGGAUUUAGUCAAUGAGGCGAAGAGAUAUCACAUGCUUCCUCACGCCCGGCAAGAGAUGCAGACGCCACGCACAAGGCCAAGGCUAUCAGCAGGUGUGGCAGAAGUGAUUGUCCUGGUUGGGGGUCGGCAAAUGACAGGAAUGAACCAGAGGACGCUGACAGCUGUCACUUGUUUAAAUCCACAAAUCAAUAAAUGGUACCCGCUGGCCAGCCUGCCCUUCUAUGACCGUGAAUUCUUCAGCGUCGUGAGUGCCGGUGACAACAUCUACCUUUCAGGGGGCAUGGAAGCUGGGGUUACUCUUGCCGAUGUCUGGUGCUACAUGUCCUUACUUGAUAACUGGAAUCUGGUCUCCAGGAUGAUUGUUCCGAGGUGUCGGCACAACAGCCUGGUGUAUGAUGGCAAAAUCUACACAAUAGGUGGCCUUGGUAUAACUGGCAAUGUUGACCAUGUUGAAAGGUAUGAUACAAUUAUCAACCAGUGGGAGACAGUAGCCGCUCUUCCCAAACCAGUACACUCGGCAGCAGCCACGGUGUGUGGAGGGAAGAUCUAUGUAUUCGGAGGAGUGAAUGAAGCGGGCAGAGCGGCCGGGGUCCUACAGUCUUAUGUGCCGCAGACCAACACGUGGAGCUUCAUCGAAUCGCCAAUGAUUGAUAACAAGUAUGCCCCGGCAGUCACUCUGAACGGCUUCAUCUUCAUCCUCGGAGGAGCUUACGCCAGAGCGACUACGAUCUACGAUCCUGAGAAGGGGAACAUAAAGGCGGGGCCCAACAUGAAUCACUCCAGGCAGUUCUGCGGCGCCGUGGUCCUGGAUGGGAAGAUAUACGCGACAGGUGGCAUCGUCAGCAGCGAAGGCCCCGCACUUGGAAAUAUGGAAUUUUACGACCCCAAAUCAAACACAUGGACAUUAUUACCCAACAUGCCUUGCCCCCUCUUCCGCCAUGGGUGUGUAGUGAUAAAGAAAUACAUUCAAAGUGCUUGACAAAACAAAGAGAAGAAGAACAAAAAAAAACUUUAUCCCCAUCUGGAGGUGUUUUAUUUUCUAUUUUUUUUUUUUUGUUUGGUUUGAACCCUUUCCAUGGCGGGUGUGCCAGAUACUCAUUUAUUUCUCUUAUUCUGCAGCGUUUGCUUUUUUCUUUUUAACCAUUACAAGAAAAACACAGAACAUUUUUUUAUUUGUUUUUGUUUUUUGCUUUUUACUGCAGGUUUUUGAAUAAACUCUACAUUGAAUGUAGAAGAUCAUCCUCACCUUUGGGUGAUGCCGGAGCAUUGGGCUCUGAAAUAUGUAUAAUAUGUAAGCUAACGAAGCAAAUGUGUCACUAGGUGGCGAUGUGGCACUUGCUGUCACCCUAGGUGCAAUAGAUUCCCAUAUUUUUACAUGGGUUCAAGGAAAUAGGGUUGGGAGGGGGGUGGCUCUGUAUUUUAGUUAUAGGUGUGAGGCUGGGAAUUUUUUUUUUCUUUUUUUUUUUAGAAGACUGUUCGGUAUAGUACGGAUAAGCAUCUCAUCCUAGGAAAUUUUAAAAGAGGGUGUUCUUUUUGGGAUGGCUUUCGCUUAUUCAUUCUGAACAGGGAGUGUGGUGUCAGCCGCACACAAUGAAAAAAAAACAGUUUGUCAAAACAAAGGGGUAUAUUUAGUAACCCAUGGGAGCCAUCAGAUGUCUCAUUUCAUUUUCAAAAUUACCCACUGCUCAUUGUUAUUAAGUAAGUGCGCUGAAAAAUCUAUUUAUAUAUACAGAGGGUUCUUGGUGCUAGGUAUGCUUAUUUUGCACCUGUUGCUGUUGAACUGCGUCUCCCAGCAUUCCCUACCAACCAAAACGCACGCAGAAAGAGACUUGAAAAGCACUUUGGGAGUUGUCGUUUAACAAUAGAUGGAAAGCAACAGCCCAGUAACUGGAUAGACAUGAGAAGGACAAAUUAUUUGCAUGUACAAAAGAAUCAUAAUUUACCUCAUUCUUAUAUAGGAUUCAUCAGGUCUGCCAUCUUUUAGUGAGGCAGUGAAGAUUGGUUUAUUGGCUAAUGUGUACAGCUUGGUGCAGUGCACAGCCUGUGUACUGUAGUGUAACCCGUAGCAACCAGUUGGAUAUUAGCCUUAACUGGUGUAGUGCAAACUGGUGAGUCAUCUGAUUGGAUGAUAUAAGUCACAGCAUAAUUGUGUUACUUCAUCAGCCAAUCAGUGUCACUAGGCCUGAUGACAUCACAAUACUCCCCAUCACCUUUUGCUAUGACGCAGAAUGCUCCAUCAUGUAAUGGGAGGCAGGACGCGAUGAUGCAAACUGUGGCAUCACACCCACCUCACUUGUCUUUCAGACCUCACCUCUAUGAUAUCAAAGGUCGCAAAAAUUAGAUGAGCAUGAUUUGCAGGAAUGCACGCUAUCAGUUCAUUAUAAACUUGUGACAUCCCUGAGGUGCACAAUUCACUGGGUCCAAGUGAAUGAUAGGCUGCAUUCUAAUAAAGACUCAAAGCGCAUCACACCAUUGGACAGGAUGUGGCAGCCAUCUUGGACGCACACAGUUGCUGUUCCAUGUUAUCAUUCCCUUCAUUAAACAUUGAUUCAUCUCACAAAAUGGCAGCUUCUCUGAUGUGUCAGAGCGGUUUGUGCCUCUAAGCCUUGCUGACUAGCUGUCCAUAUUAUAUAUAUAUUAUUACAAGCCAUAUAAAUGAUAACUGUUAUCAACAGUAACAAAAAGCUGUUUUCCAGACACUUAAUGUCCACUUGUUAUACUGUAAAUUGUUAUGACAAACUGUUUUCCUUUUUCUUUAACAAUUGAAGAAUUAUAGAUAAAUUUAAUGGAUAGACCUCAGAAUUUACCGUAAACUAUUAGUCUUCCUGCAGGUCUUAAUAAAAUGACAUUUUCUGCUACUGUAUUAGUAAAUUAUAUCAAAACAACAAAAAAAACAAAUACGACAUAUAUAAUAUAUUUAUAAUUAAAAAAAUGUUUCAUAUCAAAGUGAAUUUUUGGAGGAUUUAACAGACGGGCUUAAGUGUGUUCAACGACAAUUACAGAUGUUGCCACCGGAUAUGGGGCGUGUUUUAUUUUGCUCUAUGAGGUCUGAAAUGGUUUCUCCUCGGACAUACAGCUGUUUUGUGCUGGCGUUCAAUUCAGAUACUAGACAUAAAGUGAAGGGACAAAUGGAUUGCAUUCCUUAUUACUGGUCGGGGUUAGGCCUGUAUAUUUGUUAAGGGCAGCAAUAUAAUAUUUUGACUAAAAGAUUGGUGUACAAAUUCUAUUUCCAAAUACCAUUACCAAAUACCAUUCACAUACUUCUCAACAGUCCUGAUUUUUGUGUGGCAAGUCUUGCGUAGCCAUAGCGAAAAGGGGCGUGGCUGACCAGAUCAGGGCGUGGCCUAUACCCACACUGGAAUGUCAGGAAUUAUGUAUCUGGUUUAUUUCAGAGUUCUUAAGUUCUACCAGAUAUACUUUCCCCAAAAUGUUAAUGUGUCAGCAAAUUGCAAAUUAAUCAUUUGCCUCGUCAAAACGUAUGACAACAAUUUCUAGUGACAAUUUUUUACAUUUUUUUUUCAUUUUUAUUUUGAUUUUUUAGAGACCUUUACAAUAUAUUACAUUGCUUAUAAUCAUCCUGCAUAUUUUUGAAUAGCAUUGGGAACUUGAAAUGAAGGUCGGUAGUAAAUUAGUAAAUAAUUAUCAUGUACUAUUAUACAUAGGUGGGUGAAGAUUUCUUUUAAUUAUUCAGUUCAAUAAUUUGUUUGCAAUGAUGGACCUACUAUGCCCUCAAUAAUGUUACAUAUUAAGAUUUUUGUUUCUUGUAAAACGAAUUACUAUUUUCUGUUCUACAAGUAUGUUGAAUAUAUGAUUUGGAAACUUGUAUAAUAAUAUUGCCUUGGUUUAUGCUGUUGAGAAACGCCUACCUUAAUUCACCCUCAAGUGAUAAAUAUCAGUAAUCACAGAAUGUGCAAAUCUGCUCUGUAUCUCGUCACAAGAGGACUUUGAUGCAAAUGUUCCUGUAUAAUUCACUACCUGGUUAGGGUUUAUCAGAGGCUGACGGUAAUGGUUCCCAUGCAGGGAAAUACUGUACCACACCUAACUUGCAAUAACAUAAUUUUAUUUACUAGAAACACUGAAACUUAUUUGUACUUUAGGAAAACACAUUUUCAUGUACACAUAAAAAUCUCCCUAUCACAAUCUCAAAUUCAAAAAUGUGUUCCUAUAAAACAAUAGAACCCAAAACCAUUGUUCAUUUCACUUAAAAAAAAAAAAAAAAGAUAAAAAAUUGUGGUUGAUUAGCUUUUUUUAAUAGCUCCCCAAUCAAACCACUGGGGGCAGAUAAGCACUGACCAUUUGAUUGGUUGAGAAAAGCUUUGGCCAUCGAUUAGAGUAGGUCCAUCACCUAUAGACAUUGGAGGCGGCCAUUUUGUGGGUUAAACCAACAUUCAUGAGAAACACAGCCCACUAGCUCACAUUAAUAUACAUGUCUGAAAAUAAAUACAUACAGUAUAUUCAGCUUAACUACAUUACAGAAAACAACAGAUAGCUCGCCGCACGUUUUCGGACCCACCAAAGGCACAAGUGGAGGAUGAUUACAGAGUGAGCAGAGGAUGCAACCGAGGCUGCAACUACUGCUGUGGACGCCCAUACGGCUGCUAUGGGGCCUGGAGCUGUGUGGAGGCCUACUGAGGAGUGGGAGAUAUGCAUUGCAGAGCCCUCCCCCCAAAAUAAAUUUCCUGGGGGUACAGUGCUAUUUACUCCCCUGGUUGCAGACCAUGAGUAUUUUUUUUAUUAAAAUUAAGAUUGGAAGUCUGACUAAGGCUAAUCAGCUUAGUCUAAUAAAGUCUGGCAGCCAAGAGCAUCCCACUGAUAUACUCAGUCACCGUGGGCCUUCUGUCAAGUCUGAGUCUGAAUAUUAUUAUAAUAGAGACAUGAAUCACUUCUCUGAAGCUUCCCUGCCGAUGUGUAUCUUCAGGAAAUGAUUACUGUGUAUCUGUCGCUAUGCACAGUGAUGUCAGCCAUUUUGUGGGUUGUCAUCGCUAUGCACAGCGGUAGCCAUCUUGUGGGCUGUCGCUAGGCACAGUAGAUGUAGUCAUCUUGUGUGCUGUCGCUAUGCACAGUGGUAGCCAUCUUGUGCUCUAUCUCUAUUCACAGUGGAGGCAGCCAUCUUAUGUGCUGUAACUAUAGGGAUCAUUCAGAUGGGGUUGUUAUUGUGCUAUCACGCACAAAGUACCAAUGUUUGGUACUUUGCGCAACACCUAUUCUGCAUGUGCGCGAAUGAGUCCUGCAGCACCGAAAGCAACCCGGCAUCAAAUUGUCAGUGAUCGACAGUCUGAUGCCAUUUUGGGGGCUGCUGUGGGCUCCAUUUGGUAAAACGCAGGUGUGUUGCUGCCAUUUAGGGGGAGGAAAGAGAUCAGGGAUCUCGGUCCUUGGACAGAGGUUUCCUGGCCUCUGCGACAUGUGGCUUGCAUGGCACCAUGGGUGCUGCAAGCUGCUUGAUGGUGGGUGCUUUGAUCCAAUUCUGUGUCCUAGGAAGCAGCUUGAAUCCCGACUGCAGCAGGAGGCGUCUGCUUGUAAUAGAUGCCUCCUGCUGCAUUACCAUACAGCUCCCCUUCCUCAUUCCAGAAAGCAGUAGUGAUAGCAACUCCAACCACAUCUGAAAACCCCCCAAUGUUCAAUGGAGGUAGCCAUUUUGUUGGCUGACUGUUGCUAUGCACAGUGGAGGCAGCCAUUUUGUGGGCUGACAUGCUAUGCACAAUAGAGGCAGCCAUCUUGUGGACUGAACAAAUAUUCAUAAGAUUAUAGCCUAUCAGUUUACCUGAAUCCAGUGCCUCGUGAUGUCAGUUAGGCCACAAGAAUAUUAGUCAGAAUUGUAUUAAUGAUGUCAUAAAUAGAUGGGUUUUUGUUUUGGCUCACAUGAUGACAUACCUUACUAGUCAUUAGGUAUAGGUGACUGCUCUACAUUAGGAGAGAUUCUCAACCUGUAGUUCUGAAUGGGAUUUAUCAUUAUGCGUUUUUCUCUGAAUAUUUUUUUCUUUAAAAAAAAAGCACAAUUCUCUUAUAUAUCUUCUGUGUCCUACCAAGGGGUGACUUUACCACCAGGAGUAUGAGCUUCAAUCUGCCUGGUGCAAUUUCUCAAGUGGGUGUGUCUCUUACCUCCAAAGGAGGUGCUAGCAUACAUGAAUGGACUCGCGCACACAAUUCCAGUCAGCAUCACGCAUUUAUUCACACUGAAGCAACUCUAUUUCUGUGAAUAAUAUAUUAAAAAAAAAAGAAAAAACAGGGUUAUCUGUAAUGGUACUGUACAUAGUUUACGUUACUGGUUAAGAUCUUGUUAUAUUAUAAUAAAUAUAUUUAUAGAUCUAGA